GUGUGAAUCGCCAUUUCCACAUGAUUUGUAUCCGAGAUAAAUUCAGCCAGAAUAUUGGACGGCAGAUCUCAUCCAAGGUGAUCUGGGACCACCUGAGCACCAUGUAUGAUAUGCAAGCGCUU